AUGGCCGGUUUGGGUGAAAAAGUUUCAAAUAAUACGACUCCUUCCACGUCUAAAUCAUGGAGUUUCAGCUCACUUUUUAAUGGAAUAACGGAAUAUAGAAAGAAACUUGACUUGCCCAAUCCGGGUACCUUUGAAGGUCUACACCGUGAAGUGAAAGCCACAUUCCUUACGAAUCAUUUAUUCGAUGGUGGGAGGGCCGAUCUCACCAAAGUUUUGUCACCAAAUUUUCAAGUCACGCAUUCUUUUUCCAUGGGUUCAACGAUAAAUGCACCAACGUACAACUUUGGUGCUGCCUUCAUUGGAACAAAGGCUUUUCUUCAUGGUACAAUUGAUACUGAUGGAACUUUAACUGCACGCACGAAUUAUGCGUGGAACGCAAAUAAUCUUACUAAAAUCCAAGCACAUAUAUCAUCAUCUCCUGGACAUUCAAUGCUUCAACUUGAACAAGAUUAUCAAGGCUCUGAUUAUUCUAUUAAUUAUAAAACAAUUAAUCCUUGGCCGGUCGAAAAUACCGGUAUCUUUUUUUUAAGUUAUAUCCAAUCUGUUACCCAAAAACUUGCUUUGGGUGUUGAAACUGUGUAUCAGAAACCAACAUCGGAUAUAGAAGAAUGUACCCAAUCCUUGGUUGCAAAAUAUACCGGAAAAGAUUAUAUUGCAACAAUUCAAUGGCAAGAAGCUGGUGCUCUACAAGCAUCAUACUAUCAGAAGUUAAACGAAAAAGUGGAUUUUGGAACAGAACUUCAACUUAUAGUUGCAGCAGGACGAAGAGAAGCUUUAUGCACUGUAGGUGGUAAAUUCGAUUUUAGAAUGGCAACGUUUAGAGGCCAGGUGGAUACCUCGGGACGCGCAAGUGUGGUUGUAGAGCAAAAGAUAACUCCCGCAUUCAGUUUUCUCAUUACGGGCGAUAUUGAACAUAUGAAGGUUACUUAUAAGUGGCUCAGUCGAUAUCUGGGAAUUCCGAUAAAUCAAGCUAAACAGUUGCUUUUUGAAACCAUUUCUUUAUCAUUGGUUCCUAUACACGCUACCUAUUGCCUUAGUGGUAUUUCUAACGAUGACUGUCAUAAAGUAAAACUGGUGGUGCAGGAAGAAUUAGAAGAUAAGGAGGAAUCCAGUAUAGUCGCAUUUGAAAAUUCAGAAGAUAAAAUUCUUCCGGAUAAAACUUUAGAUAAAAAUGAGGAACCUGUUCCUCCUAAACAUAAAAAUGAAGAACCUGUUUCUUCUAAACGUAAAAAUGAGAAACUUAAUUCUUCUAAACGUAAAAAUGAGGAAGAGAAAUCUAUUUCUUCUAAAAAUAAAAAAUCGACAUUUUUCGAAAAGAGGAUAUCAUCAAAUAAAAAAGAAGCUAAAACUUCAAAGGAUAGCAACAAUCCCACCAAAUCUAAUGAACCAUUACUUGUACAAAAUUCAAAAGAAGAAAUACAACAAAAAUCAAAAAAAAGGAAAAGUAUUGACAUUGAGGAUGAUUCAGAUCAAAAUCUACCGUCUAACCCAAUCCUCGAACAAUUAGAACGAUCAACACCAAUAUCUUCGUUCAAUUUAGAGUUAGAUCGUUCGUCUUCCAUACUUAGUGAUAGAAUGGAUAUUGACCAAAUUCUACCAUCUAACGAACAAUCAGAACAACCAGCUCCACCACAAAGAAAGCGUGGAAGACGAAAGUUGGUAAAAUCUGUAGUUAGUUCACCCCCCUCUCCAGAUAAUGAUUAUAAUUGUCCUGUUUGUAAUACAAAGUGUUCUUCAGUGGAAUUAACAGAGAAGCUUCCAUCUAAUCUUGGUAUGUUUUUUCGGCCUGCACACGAAAUUUUAGGUGAGGCAGCAGACGUUUUAAAGUUUCAGCAAACCAAUACAUUUUCUCUAUUAAACUUUUUGAAAGACAAAGUGACCAAGCAAAAACAAAUGCUUGAUAAAGCGAAAAGCGAAUUGCUUCAAUACAAAGAUCUGAAAAAUCAAUUGCAGACCCUUAAGGAUGAAAAUCAACGAUUGAAAAUUCAACUACAAGAAAUUCACUCAAGUUCAAGUAUAAAGAAGAAAGUGGAUUCAUCUCCUUUACGACCUAAAGAACAUCGUGGACAAAAUGGACAUAACGUUAGUCCACGAGCAAUUCGUAAAUCAUCAAAUCGUGUUCAUCAUCAUAUAUCACCGACAACCAAGCCAAGAACUCCAAAUCCUCCUUCACGAUUAUCUCUCCAAACUACAAAUUCACCAGCACAUGCAACUUACCAAGAGCAAAAUCAUGAAUAUCAUUAUCAUCGGAAUGAUAUAAAUCAAUCGCCAUAUAAUGCAGGCGGUGGAAAUUAUGAUGGUGGGGGAAGAACAUAUUAUCAAUAUGAACAGCAACCUCCUCCUCCUAGUGAUCUUAGUAACCUUAAUAACACGUUUAAUCAAUUUACUCCACGUCUCACAGUCCAAUCGUUUUCUAAACAGAGGAUGACAUGGAAUGAAUUUCAUAAUAAUAAUUCUAAUAAUUUCUUGGGAAAUGUUGUCCCAGAAACAAAUUUUCAGCCAUCAAGAAGAUUAUUUCCUUAUUCUUCGUAUUCGAAUUCUGAUUUUACGACACAAAAUCCACCAAGAACGCCUGUUACUAGAAAACGAGGCGCACUUCCAGGAUAUAAAUAA